GAUAACAAAUGGAAUUCCAUGCAAUAUUUAUUGAAUUGGUCAAAGAAAAGUUUGUUUCAUUGCUUUCCGAUGUUCUCAAGCCGGUAGAAGUUGUGAUAAACUUGUGAAAUCGUUUCCUGCGUCUGCAAACCAUGUGCACACAAGUGAAUCAUGCCGAUAGAAAACGACAAACUAGUACCAGCAUAUGCAGUUCGCUACAAGCAAAUGGCCAUAUUUUGGGAAUUGUGUUAAAGCCAUAGUUUGUAUUACGAUGUACCCACUUGGUCUCGUUAGAAUACUUCAGUAAUACUACGCUCCGACGCGUACCAUAUACACCCGUUCUGUUAGAAGUUCGUGUUUGGAAGUUUAAGUACCCCGUAAAACACCGUCCAAAAUGCCAUUCCGCGAUUGGAGAAUCGUGCGGGUGCUGAGCGGAAUUGCUAUGCGAAUAUGGGCCGCCAGUGGAGCAGCUCUGAUAGCGGCCUUCCUGAUAUACAUCGUUUACGGUGGUCUUUUUACCUUUCUGCUACUUUUAUUCGCCCUAUCAGGUAUUCUUUACCACGCACAGGACAACCUACUGUACCAUCCAGAGCUGCCAGCCAAUUCGCGAAUAUUUAUCCCGGUUCCAUCGAUGCACGGGUUGCCUUACGAAACGUUACACCUGAAGACACGCGACGCCAUAUCGUUGCACGCUUUCUGGAUACGACAUCCGGGAGAGAAGGGUCGCUAUGUGCCUACGAUCAUAUAUUUCCAUGGCAAUGCGGGCAACAUGGGUCAUCGGUUGCAAAAUGCCAGCGGAUUUUUCCACACCCUUCAGUGUAACGUGCUGAUGGUGGAAUACCGUGGAUACGGUCUAUCCACCGGCACACCGAGCGAGAAAGGUUUCUUUGCCGACGCCCGUACGGUGCUCGACCAUCUGUUUACCCGGCACGAUCUGGACCAUGGUCAGAUAAUAGUGUUCGGUCGGUCACUCGGUGGAGCCGUUACGAUCGACCUUGCCGCCGAUGCCGUUUAUGGCUCUAAGCUGAUGGGCGUGAUUGUGGAGAACACGUUCACCAGCAUCCCGGAUAUGGCGGUCGAGCUGAUCCAUCCGUGCGUCAAAUAUUUACCCCUGCUCCUGUACCGGAAUCAGUUUCUAUCGAUCGAUAAAAUUCAAUUCGUUUCCGCCCCGAUACUAUUCAUUUCCGGCCUGGCCGAUACUCUAGUGCCUCCGAGGAUGAUGACGAUGCUGCACACGCGGUGCGGUAGCAUACGCAAGCAGAUGCUCCAGAUCGCUGGUGGAUCCCAUAACGAUACCUGGGCUGUGAAUGGGUACUACCAGGGAGUAGCCCAAUUUCUGAAGGAAUGUAGAGAAACGAAGGGACCACUGCAGACGGCCCCGGUAAGCCACAACGUGUGGCCGCAGAUAGAGGAAAUAUGAAGUCGUCUAGUCGCCUUACUGUGGCGAGGGGUGUCCAUUGAAUCACCCGUGCCCGGUGGUGGUAGUAGCACAUAGAAAUAAGCGCGUGCCCCC